AUGCCCGGUGGACUGCUGGAGAAGGCCUGCACUGCUCACCUCGUGGAGCUGCCCAUCAAGCAGGGCAUCCUGCGUGAGUUUGAAGCGCUGGCGGGGCAGUUGGGUCAGGAGGACGUGUUGACAACAAGCCUGCCACCCUUGGCAGCAGAUGCAGCAAAAGCUUUGAGCACGGCAGCCCUGGAGGCUCGGGGCCAGUGCCUGGUGGCUGCCUGGAUGAUGUCGCUCAUGGCCGACGAGGACGCUCUGGCAGCCGACCUGGCCGCCGUCACCGCUGACAUGGCGGGGUGCUGA